AUGACUUUGACUUCGACUGGUGAUAACAGGAAACAAUCCUUACUGGAUGAUGUUCGCGAAGGGUCAUCUUCUAUUUCUACUAAUGUUGCAGACCGUUCUAAUAGUAAUCAUCUUAUACCUUUAUCUCCUGAACAGCAACGUGAAUUGGAAGAAGAACUCCCUGAAAUCGAACAAGAAUUAACUGAUAGCGAAGAAGAAGAUGAAUUCAUUCGUCGAUUUGGAGAUAUUGAAUUCCAAUAUAUUAAGCCACCAAAACAAAGUGUAUGGUUUAGACGUCCUCAUGCAUUAAAUUAUUUUAAAGAUGGAGUUUUAUUCCGUACUAAAGGUGAACGAACUUCAGCCAAAACAGAAUUGUUUUUAGAUUUGUUAUACGUGGGGAUUAUUGCCAAUUUAGCCGGUGAAGCAAGUGAAGAAGCUGGUGGUAAGGCAUUAUUGAAAUAUGUUUUAUUAUUUUUACCAACAUGGGUGAUUUGGGCUGACAUUAAAGAUUUUACCAAUUAUUAUUAUAAUGAAGAUUUGUCACAAAAAAUGUACAUUUUUUGGAUUCUUGCCUUGUUGACUUUGUAUAUCAAUAGUCAUUAUGCAUUAUUGAAUAGUACCGAUGGAGCAGCAUUAACUAUUGUUCCAUACAUUCUAUGUCGAUUAUCAUUGGCAGUAAGUUAUUUUGUUUAUUCAUUUUUCAUCCCAGAGCACAGAGCCCAAUCAAGAUUAUACGCAGCUAUGGUGUUGGUGACCUCUUUAUGUUGGAUUGCCGUUAUAUUUGUUCCAACAAGAGUGAAAAUUGGUCUUGCCUUUGCCUUUUUAUUUUUAGAACAAGUUUGCUUUUCUAUUGCCUAUCAUCCUUGGACAAAGAAAAUGAUGAAUUUAACAACUUCUACAGCAUUAAACAUUGAACACGAAGUUGAAAGAUUUUCGCUGUUUGUUACUAUUGCCAUUGGUGAGUUUUUAUAUAAAGUUGUUGCACCAGGUAAUUUAGGAGUUGGAUUCAGUGCCAAAUUUGCUCGAGGUCUUUUCUUAUUGGCCAAUGCCUAUAUAUUAUUUUGGAUUUACCAAUAUGGAUCAACUUCCAACAAGGCAAUUCAUCCGUUACGUCACAGUGCAUGGACGGCUAUUCUGUGGAUAUAUGCUCACGCUCCAUUGAUUGCAGCUUUGGUGUUGGCAGCAGAUGCUGGUGGUGAUUUGGCUAGUUUAGAUAACACUAGUACUGCCAAACAUCAUUCUGUUUCUGAACACGGUAAGUCAGUGAUAUUUUUCGGGAAAGAAGGAACGUUAUCAGAAGGUGGAGAAGAAGAAGAAAAGAAUAUGUAUGCUCUAUCAUUUUUUUAUACUGGAGGAAUCUGUGUUUCCUUAGUUUGUAUGUUUAUUUUGGGAUUAGUGGAAACAAGCAGAGAUCCACCAGAAUUAUUUGUUCUUCCUAAAAACUUGAGAAUUGCAUUAAGAUUACCCAUUGCAAUAAUUAUUGUUCUUCUUAGUUUGGCUGAAUUAAAUACAACGUUAUUGAUGGGAUUGGUAACUAUGUUAUUGGGGAUCUUGUUAAUUUUUGAAAGUGUUGUUGGAACUCCUAGAUCAUGUUUAUUUGAUUCAACAAGACCUAAGAAGGAUACCAACACCAAUACCAACACCAAUACCAAUACCAAUAAUGAUGCCAAUAACAAUACCAAUGUCAAUUCCGAUUAG